GGUUUCCUGCGGCCGCCCGCCGGUGGCAGCCCCGCGGCGGCCCGGCCCGGCCCGGCCCGGCCCGGCCUGACCCCGCUCCGGUCCUUGCGUUACCGGCACCGGGACCCGGCGCUCCGUGCCGCUGUACGGCCUUAACCCAACCCGGCCCAACCCAACCCGGCCCGGCCAUGGCGCACUCGGCGCCGCUCGGCCUCCUGGAGCAAGGCUGCCCCAUCCAGGUGGAGCACGAUCGGAAGCGGCGGCAGUUCACCGUGCGGCUCAACGGUUGCCACGACAAGGCAGUGCUGCUGUAUGAAUACGUGGGGAAGCGGAUCGUGGACUUGCAGCACACAGAAGUACCAGAUGCCUAUCGAGGGAGAGGAAUAGCCAAGCACCUCGCCAAGGCAGCCCUGGACUUUGUGGUGGAGGAGGACCUGAAAGCUCACCUGACGUGCUGGUACAUUCAGAAGUACGUCAAGGAGAACCCACUGCCGCAGUACCUGGAACACUUGCAGCCUUAAGGCAGGACUGCUCCAACACCAGCGCUGUCCCUGACUGUUCAACGCGGCCUUCGCUUCUCUGCCGUCUCAGGAAAACCCCUUCCCACACUCACAAUUCCCUCUUUUUUUUUAAGUGCAUCCAUGAGGUGCAUGAGUGUGGGCACGACCUCCUCCUCUCUGCCCACGUGUGAGCAUGGCUGCUGGCUCCAGGCACAUUUGGUGCCUCUCGGUGCUCUUCCCAAGCCAAGCGGUGGAAGAGGAUGAUUUUUCUACCAAACUCCAUCAGCAGACCAGGGGAUGACUCAACCUGCACCUCAUCCUGUCCCCUUUGCCUGGUGGCGGCUGUGAACUUGUUGGAUAGGGAUGGCUGUGAGGUACAAGCUCCUCUUUCUUCCCAGCAGCUGGGUGAGAUGCUGUGGAUUAAGCCUUGUGGGGCAGAGGGAGGUGGCAGGUUCGUCCCCUGCAGUAUCUGUUGGACACCGAGCAUCGCCCAAGCCUAUGUGGAGUACAGAUGAGAACGUGUGGGCCAUGGUGGCACCUUGGGGGCUUUGCUGCACCAUUGUGGAGACACUGGGAUGGUGACACCUUCGAGUCUAAAGAUGGGAACCAUGUGAGGGGCUGUGGCAGAGCAUACGCAGUGUGAGUGUGCAGAGGAAGAAAGGCAGCUGAGUUGCAGAUGCUGCUCCCUAGAGAUGCCAGCUCCUGCCCACCCUCCUGUACAUAGCCCCAGCAUGGCAUCCCUGCAGGGUUGUGGCUGUCAUUCCCGUCUCUGCUCCCUGCUAUCAGUGUUGACCGUGCUGGUGUGGACAAAGCCUGCUCGGGAGAAGAGCACCAGCCUUGGCCUAAGCAAUGAGGGGACACCCCAUGCUUUCGCAGGCUCCAGAGUAGUUUCCUGCAGCUGAAGAGGAAGGUUCCUCUCCAUCUCCCUCAGCUUCAGCUCUGCACCCCACAUCGUAAGGCCUGAGCUGUCGUCAUGUCCUGAGAGCAACAGGGGUAAGGCCUCUGGGACCUGCUUCUGUCUCAUCUCCAAGACUCGAUGCUGGAGCUGCCUGCCUCCAUGUGGAUGCUGGUCACUUCUUAAAGCCUUUGGAAAGAAGCCCUGCUCAGGGCAUUACCUGCCUGCUCACUGGCCUCCUCGCAGCUCCAAGCCCAGGGUGCUCAGCCAGCAGCAGGAACACCCUCGUGUUGUGCUGUUACCUCCACAGAUGAUGACCCUGUGGCACAGCUCAGCCUUGCCGCAGUUGGAUGUAGAGGUAACACUGUGAUGGCACUGCCUGGUUCUGGCUUGCUGCCUCUCCUGCCUUGUCCAGGCUUUCCAGGGCCUCAGCUACACCCCAGAGCAUCUCCCCUUGGCUCCAGGGCUUGGCUGUGGUGACACCAGCACUCAGCAGCCCCUGAGGUAGAAGCAGAUAAAGAGCCUUUCACCUGGAGCCAAAUCCAGGCCCAGCUUAUCUCUCAGCAGGGAUUGAAGUUUACAAUCUGUGCCACGGACUGAAUGAAGCCCAGGCCAGGAGGCAGCUCAGCCCUCUCCCAGAGCCCAGCACCAAGUCCAUGGCAGCAAAGGCAGAAGCUCCUACAACCUGGUUGCGUUGGUCAGAGAUGGAGACCCUGUGCCUGAUCUCAGCCCUGAGCUGGCUCGAGGCGAAGCCCUGCUGCCUGCCUGUGCUUUUGGGCUGCCCAUCACCACCAUAACACAGCCCUCUGCCCAAAACCCUCCCAAACUCCAUCCCUGCCCUGCCACACCACAGGCUGUGAGACCCCUGCCUGUGUCCAUCAUCUGCCUGGGGAGGGACCUGUGCCCAGCAGCAGACCCAUCUCCAGCUUGUGCUGCUCAGGAAAGGCAUCAGGCUCAGCCCUGCUGCUGCCUCACAUUUUUGCCCUCUUGCUGCUUAUUUCAGCCAGGAUGUGACCUUCAGGAUGGCUUAAAGGGACUGGGAAAGGAUUGCAGGUAACAAGUUAAAGGGGCUCAAGAAGAAAUCUGGGCUGCUAAAUAUUCACUCUUUAACAUGCAAAAAACACUUUAACAUCUGGUUACAGGAGCAAGGCUGGCUCUGUUACAGCAAGCAAUGGCAGAACCAUCCCUGCUCGUGAUCCCAAGGUGAAGCUGAACCAUCUCCUCUCUUGCAAGCCAAGAUAAGACACUUGUAUCUUUAUCACAGCGGGGCUGGGUGUUUGGAAGAGACGUGUGCCGAGCUGCCUCACGGGAGCAAUAGCACGAGCUCAGUGCUGCAAGCCUCUGCCCUGGUUUUGUGCUCAUUUCCACUGUGUGCCAGUUCCAGAAGUACCAUUGUAUCCGCUGCAUGAGAGCAGAGGGUGUGCUGUGGUUGCUGCAGUGUCCCAGCAUCCACGCUUGGCUCUGGAGCCCUUCAUGCUGCUCUGGCAGGAACCUCGUGUUUCCCAGCGCUGGAUCACAAGUGGCGAUCGCUGCCUUAAAUCAGGCCCAGCACACGGGUUUGCUGCUGCUUCCCUUCAAGGUGCUACAACCCCUCCGGUGUGCGACCUGACGGAGACGUGUGCCAGUGUCCGUGCCAACCGUUUCACUGCUGUACCAUCCUUCCCUUCCCUGUGGUCUCUGCUGGUGAAUAGCAAUACCCACAGCUCACCAGCGAUGCUGCUGUCCGCGGUGCUCCUGUGAUGCGGCAUUGCCAGGCAGGAGAUGGCUCGAGGUCUUGGUGUGGGGCAGCCCUGCCCCUCCGGCUGGCCUCCGCAGGAAGGAGCUUUGAGUCCUGUGCUGCCCCUUGGUGCUGACGAAGUCUGGAGGAGUUGGGGAUCUUGGACUCUCUCUGGCAACAGGAGUGUGGAAGUGGUUUGGUUGAAUAUUGACGUUCCCCAAACCCAUUUGAACUACAGACCUUGGUGGGUGGGGAGGUGCAGAUUGUUGUCCAACCUGCUUCCACACCACCCAACUUGAAACACCCCUUCCCUCACCCACUUCCCAGCGUUGUCUUCCUCUGUCCAAGGUCUCCAAUCUGUUGAAUUCGGUGGUUACGAUGUGCCUUUCCUUCUCAGGACCUGUUACAAACGACCUUUCUGCUUUUGUUUCUGUCUAACAUUUAUCUUCCUCCUUCCCUCUGUCAUACUAUAAAACAUGAACAUAAUGCAUGGAAUACAGUACAAUAAAAAGUGUGGCUUAACUGCCC